AUGGCGGCGUGGCAGGCGGCGUGGGGGCAGCUGCGCUACUCGGUGCCCGAGGAGAUGCCCAAGGGCUCGUUCGUGGGCGACGUGGCCAAGGACCUGGGACUGCAGCUGACGGAGAUCAGCGACCGCGGCGUUCGCAUCUUGGACAAAGGUAGGACACAGUAUUUCGCUCUGCACGGGAAGUCGGGACAUUUAGUGACAGCAGAGAGGAUCGACAGAGAGCAGCUGUGCGAACGUGUUCAGCAAUGCGUGCUGCGCUGUGAGCUGAUAGUGGAGGGACAGAUGCAGGUUUACGGGAUCCAAGUGGAAAUCAUGGACAUUAAUGACAACGCUCCGAACUUUCGAGAAGCAGAAAAAAAUUUGAGAGUAAGCGAGAUGACAGCCCCGGGGUCGCGGUUUUCCUUACCCGAGGCUCACGACCCUGACUCGGGCCGGAAUUCCCUGCAGAGCUACGAUCUGAGCGGCGACGAGCACUUCUCGCUGGCCGUGCAGGCGGGCCCCGGCGGCGAUCAGCGUCCCGAGCUGGUGCUGGCCAAGGCGCUGGACCGGGAGGAGGCGGCGUUUCACGAGCUGGUGCUGAGGGCGAUGGACGGCGGUGAUCCGGCACGGACGGGCACGGCUCGGGUCCGCGUGACGGGGCUGGGCGCGAAUGACAACGCGCCCGUGUUCAGCCAGGUGGAGUACACGGUGCGAGUGCCCGAGGACGUGCCCGUGGGCUCUGUCCUCGUCACCGUUACUGCCAGUGAUGCCGACGAGGGGCCGAAUGGUCGCGUGAAAUACUCGUUUAAGAAAAUCACGGAGAGAGCCUCGGAGAUUUUCCAGUUGGAUGCAGACAUAGGAGCGAUCACGCUAUUGCGCAGCCUGGACUUCGAGGAGGGGAAUUCCUAUGAGCUGGAGGUGCAGGCAUAUGACGGGGGAGACCUUUCCGACACGACCAAAGUUGCAGUUACCGUAACAGAUGUGAACGACAAUGCCCCCGAACUGACAGUGUCGUCGGCGCUCAGCGAGAUCUCUGAGGAUGCCCCGUCAGGGACCGUGGUAGCCCUGCUGCAUGUGCAGGACCGGGACUCGGGGGCGAAUGGCCAGGUGCGCUGCUCACUGGACGGGGAUGUCCCGUUCCGUCUGGAGAAGUCCUAUGAGGACUAC